AUGCUGCUUCCGGAAUCAUCUUUCGGCUUCACCGGUCUCUCAGGGAGAUGCCGCACUCUGAUAGACACGUCUUUUGCCUUCCUGCCCAACCACCGGCGUGUCGAUCUGUUGGACUGCUGCAACGGCCUCCUCCUGUGCCGCUGUUACGCUGCUAGGGGUGACGAGGGCCGUUACAUCGUGUGCAAUCCCGCGACGGAGGAGUGGGUCAUGCUACCGGAACCCGGCAAGGUCGACGAUGAGAACACCGUGCGUCUGGGUUUUGAUCCGGCCGUGUCUUCCCACUUCUGCGUGUUUAUGUUGCUACCUGAAUCCAGCGAGGACUUAUGCCUCACCAGAGUGGAUGUGUUUUCGUCGGAAACUGGACGGUGGGCUCGUAAAGAGAAGAGAUGGAACGAAAACUUUUGGCUUGUUACUCCUCAGUACCAGCCUAGUGCUUUCCUCAAUGGCUGCAUGCAUUUUCACGCAUUUGGCAGCAUGUCACUCCUUUGUCUGGUUGCAGUGGACACAGAGGGGACAUGGAGGAUCGUCCCUGUCCCUAGUGGUCCGUAUAAUUCUUUUGUUCAGCAGUCACAUGGCUGCUUGCAUUAUUCCAGUUUUCAGAGAAAAAAUGGUGAUGUGGAUCGACUAGUUGUUUAUGUUCUCGAGGACUAUGGCAACAAAAAGUGGACGUUGAAGCAUAGUGUUGAAGCUUUACACAUGUCUGGAGGGACACAUCGUAUUGGUCACCGUUGGAUGUCGAUUCAUCCGGACUGUGACUUGAUCUUCUUCACAGCGGGGCGGGAUACCGAAUUCAUGUCGGAAUUCAUGUGCUAUAAUAUGGACCGUCAGCAAGUAAAGGUGGUCUCCAAUCUUGAAUAUGGAGCCCGACCAUACCUACCAUAUGUACCAUUCUAUGCGGCGUUACCAUCAUUGCACUUGUGA